AUGUCGUCUCCGUUAACGUUUAAUUAUCACCGUAGAUCUCACUCAGCUUCUUCGCCCUCGCCAUCUCCCGUUCCAAAAGCUCUAUGGCCUCCAGCAGGCAAACGAGCUCGUUCAUCGUGCAAUAGCCCCGCCCUUCCUGAUUCCGCUUCAUCCCAAACACGCAAUUUCGACCUCUGGCGGACGGGCAAGAGACUCCGCAGAGAUGUAUCCGUUCGUGCCGAUAACAUUGCCGGUGCCUAUCCUAGAGUCACUAAUUAUCAUUUGUAUUUCCAGCCUCCUUCUGUGACGUAUACCACUGGGUCGUCUACUCCGGUAUCGACGGACAGCCACAGUUCCGGACUCAGUUCUUCUGCUCCCCAUACCCCUCUGUUCGCUGCUACUCCUGCAGAUUUUCUUCUAUUCUCUGGCCGCUCAAGCCGUAGAGAAAUCGCAUUUGAAAAGUCAAGAAUAGAGUCCACGAACCCUAUUGAUGUUCGGGACACCCAUUCUAGCAUUUCCGAGGCUGACGCAACUCGCCUCAGGUCGGAUGCAUUCUGGGAACUUCGCAGGAGUAUUGCCGUAAGCGGGGAAAACCUUGUAAAACGCAUGCAACCAUUGACAGACGAAGAGCCAAGAAGCGGCAUUCCCCUAGUGUCCCCAUUACCAGAUUUGUCAGAAGGUCUAGCAGCUCUGAGAGCGACGAGGAGGAUGUCCAAAUAUACUCUGGAGAGCUCUGUGGUCUUCCCCCCUUCGCGUCAAAAGCGAGCAUCGAGUCUUGGGUCGACGGACAUAGACACCGAUGAGAUGCUUGCCAGUUCAUUCUCAAAAUAUUUGGAUCAAGCAUCCAUCCGCUCUUCAUUAUCCAAUGACGACGCAGGCGAUCUUUCCCGCCACUCCUUUAACACCACAUUUUCCCCCGACACACUGCAUUCAACGUCAUCAUCCCCAGCAUAUAAAUAUUCUGCUUAUACCACGGCAUUUAGUCCAGCCUUAUCUGGCCCUUCCAUCAGCUCUCCAGCACGUUCAUUUGAGGAGCCACGUUCCGGCCCCACAAUCCACAACUCGAUUUUUCCGUCGUAUCACCCCACCGCAGCAUCCUUGGCUUCCCGGACUGAAAAGGCCAUUGCGGCUCUCAGUUUGGCAAUAGCCAACGGUGCAGCAGGUCUGGGCGACUACGAGGACCUUCAUGACCUUGAUGUCCCUUCUGUCAUGAUGGACUCUCAAGCGGGCGAGCUCUGGCACUAG